AUGAGGAAAGAAAUUGACGAGUUGACGAGAAAGCUGGAGAAUAAAGACGAGUUAAAUCGCAAGUUGAUGGCUGAUGUUGCCCGUCAAAAUGUUGUCAUUGAUGAUCUUAACCGUAAGGUGAAUAGAAUGACGUCAGAAGUGAAAUAUCGAAGCAACGAAACAAGAGAAAAUGGCGAUUUAUUUACCGGAAGACGAAAGAUAUUUGUCUGCGGAGGGAGGGGGGAGAAGUGUACCCUUAAAACCGUAGAAUCGUUCAGCUGGCCUGAGAAUAUCUGGACACCAGAACCAGCAAUGAAUAUCGAACGACAAGCUCCUGCCUCGUUUCUAUACGAGAGUCAAAUAUAUGUCAGUGGGGGAUGGACUGGAUACGAGUUUACUGACAUUAUUGAAAUGCAGAGAAUGGAUCAAGAAUGGAUCGAGGCUCCUGUCAAGAUGCCAAUCAAGUGUCGAGGACACGGGAUUGUUUGUAACGAAGAUAAAGCAAUUUUAACUGGCGGACGUAUUGACGAAGACAACAUUUCUGAUGGGAUUUACGAAAUUAAACUAACUCCCCCAUACACGACGAAAUUAUUGACCCAGUUGCCAGAGAGAAGAUAUUACCAUGGUUGUCAGAUUAUUGACAACGAAGUCGUGGUUGUUGGUGGACGAACAACAAAAUACACAAAGGAUACUCAAAACACUGUCUAUGCAUACGAUAUUAACAAUAACGAAUGUAAGACUUUGUCGCCACUGCCAUUUCCUAUCGCUGCUAUGGCUACUGUUAGUUAUAAAGGUAAUGUAGUUUUGAUCGGAGGUCAUAACGAGAAAGGCAGAACAUUGAACACAGUAUUCAUGUACGAAGUGAAAACAGGAAAAAUAAAGAUGUUACCUUGUCUUAAUCAUAAAAGAGCAGCAAGUGCAGCAGCUAUCACUGGUAAUAUCAUCGUUGUCAUGGGUGGUUAUGAUUGUGAAACUAAAACAUGCCUCAGUUCAGUCGAGUGCUUAGAUUUAAGUACCAACGAAUGGAGAAAAUUACCUCCAAUGACAAGCAAACGAGGUUACGCGACUGCAGUUCUGAUAUGCUAA